AUAAGUAAAAAUCCUAGUUACAAUUUUAGUCAACAGGAUGGCGUGAUAAAUGGGAUCAUUUGAUUAGAUUGAAUAAAAGAGGGAGGGGGCGUGGGCAUGGAGAGAGUAGGCCGUAGGGGUGAGUCCGUGUAUAUAACGCAUAGUGAUUGGGGAGGGGCAGUAUAAAAAGGUGGAAAUUGUCAUUGUGGUUUAGGUCCAAAGAGAGACGAGUAAUUGUUUUUCAUUUGGCCCUCCCAUCACCUCUCGAUCUCUGUCUCGCGCGCCGUCAGUCAUGGAGAACUCCCCCCGUCAGUCUCUUCUUCCAAGCUUUCUCUACUCCCCAUCUUCUUCUUCUUCUUUUUUCACUAAUAGCAAAACCCUUUCUGCUGCCGCUCCCGAAACCACCAAUGUUUUGCCCUCUUCCAAUAAGAGCUUCCUCGUUCCAGCACCUAACGAACCUGGAAAGAUCGAGAUGUACUCCCCUCAGUUCUAUGCUGCCUGUACCUUUGGUGGUAUCCUCAGCUGUGGUCUCACUCACAUGGCCGUCACUCCUCUCGAUCUCGUCAAAUGUAACAUGCAGAUCGACCCUGCAAAAUACAAGAGCAUAUCAUCUGGAUUUGGGGUGCUUCUUAAGGAGCAAGGUGCCAGGGGAUUCUUCAGGGGAUGGGUUCCUACCCUUUUAGGUUACAGUGCUCAGGGUGCAUGCAAGUUUGGAUUCUAUGAAUUCUUCAAGAAGUACUACUCUGACCUUGCGGGAGCAGAAAAUGCUGCAAAGUACAAGACUCUGAUAUACCUUGCUGGUUCUGCAUCUGCUGAAGUGAUUGCAGAUGUUGCUCUUUGCCCAUUUGAAGCUGUAAAGGUUCGUGUUCAGACACAGCCUGGUUUUGCUAGGGGAUUGUCAGAUGGAUUGCCGAAAUUUGUUAGAUCCGAGGGCCCCUUGGGCCUAUACAAAGGUUUGGUUCCACUCUGGGGGCGCCAGAUUCCAUAUACAAUGAUGAAGUUUGCAUCCUUUGAGACUAUUGUGGAGUUGAUCUACAAGCAUGCAGUCCCAAAGCCUAAAAAUGAGUGCAGCAAACCCAUGCAACUUGGUAUUAGCUUUGCUGGUGGUUAUAUUGCUGGUGUUUUCUGUGCUAUCGUAUCACAUCCUGCUGACAAUCUUGUCUCAUUCCUCAACAAUGCCAAGGGUGCAACUGUUGGUGAUGCUGUGCAGAAGAUGGGAGUAGUGGGUCUCUUUACCCGUGGGCUACCUCUACGUAUUGUUAUGAUUGGAACCCUUACUGGUGCUCAAUGGGGAAUCUAUGAUGCUUUCAAGGUUUUUGUUGGGCUGCCAACAACUGGUGGUGUUGCUCCUGCUGCACCUGCCGACUCUGAGGUUGCAAAGGUGUAGGAUUGAGUAUUUCUUCGCCAAACGUAGAAGUAGUAAGAGAAGACUUCUCCAGAUUAAAACAAUAAACAUAGAUUGCCUUGUUUCUUUAGUGCUCUUUCGUAGUAGCUGGAGAGUAUUCUCACGCUCAACAAUCUUUACAAUUUUAUUAUUUCUCAGAUUUUGAGAUUUUGGAGAAGGGGGAGUCCCCCGAAAACUUAAGCAUUGCGGAUGUCUUUUUUGCUAGAAUAGAUGAUGCUAAGCAUUUCCCUUUCUAGAUGGGAAUAACAAAGAAUAUUUGGGGCUAUAUUUUUGCUCGUUCGUUUUAA